AGUACCAUUUUGUCCUAGAGAAGACGCCUGAGCUAACAACUCCUUCAUUUGUGGCAAAGGACACUGUAGCACAACACAGGAGGCAUAUAACCACCCAAAUGUUCUGCAACCCUAAAGGGUAUGGUUUGGGUUUUGCACCAUUUCAUCCACUGAUUCUCAAUAAUAAUCCACAAACAAAGCAAGCUCUAAAUGAGGGACAUCAUAGCUCUACAGGUUUCAUGGCCAGACCCUUUGUAGGUAGCAGCAUUAGCAUCAACAACAACAAUAACAAGAAAAUCAAUCUCAAAUACACGGCUAACAAUUACAAAGGUACAAUAAUCAGAUUCACUUCACAGGGACGAGUACUCAUCACCGCCCUAACAAGCCAACAACAAUCUCAAUCUCCACCCUCCCCAAUGGCCAUUUGGGAAGCAGGAGAUAACUUCACGCCUCAACACAAGUAACUAAACUCGAGAGUUAUCGGCGUGAUGAUGUGGUGCCCUUGACUCAAAUCAAUACCCGGUACUCAUCAAACACAACAAUAUGGCAAGGAAUCUAAUGAUGAGUACAACUAAAAGAUGGAACCUUAUCCGAGACGGAUAAGCAUCACUCGGAUAUAUGGGAUCAUGAAUGGAUGAAUGCAUGUAUAUGCAUUUAUGAAUGAAUGCCUUUAUGCGCA